GUCGGACUCUGGCUGUCAGACCCAGUGAUGAUCCAUGUGUGAAAGAGGAAGAUGGAGCAGUCUGUGGCCGCGGUUCCAUCCCUUCCUCCCACAAGCAGCUCUGAUUGUGUCAGCCACGCUGACGGCAUCCCUGCAGGGCCGCUUGGCACACACUGUCCUGCCUGCAGCCAGGUCUGCUCCAUGUCCUGUGAUGCCCUUUGUGGAACGUCGCGUUCUGCCACCCCCUUGUCUCCCCUGGGCUUGCUGUUCGAAGACGUUCCGGGGUGGAGAGUUCCCGUGGCUGCGUCAUCCUUUGGGAGCCUGGGAGCCUGGCUCAGAUUCAUCCCUCCGGGGGUUGCCUGGCCUUCCGAUGGUUGGCCCUCUCCCUCCCCGUUUCCAACGGCAGCUGGUCCAGGCAGAGGGAGAGCGGCAGUGCCACGCAGGUGGUGGCGCUUGGGAAGGGGUCAGGCAUGGCUGUGGCAGACGGUGUGCCUGCCAGGGAGUCACAAUCCAUACAGAGCCGGCUGCUGUUCUGCAUGGUUUCCUCCCGCAGGCAACGGCCUUGCAAAACCAGGCCGAAACAAAGCGCCCGUGUCCACCUUGAACGAAGCGGCCUCCUCAGCUGCACCGCCGUGCCAAGCUGAGGGGGCAGGGAGAAAGGUAUGCAGGCGCCUGCGGAAGUGGCCCGUGUGCUUCCACUGGGCAGGAUCUUGCGCCGUGAAAGAGCCGGUUUCCGUCUGCUGGAUGCAGAGUGUCUUCCACUCGGUGGACCAGCCCAUGCGUUGCCUGCCACUCUUCACACAGUGUUUGCUGGUGCUUUUCUCAUCCGUGGAUGAAGCCAGCACCCGGCGGCUGGUUUGGCUUCACGCACCUGUCUUGCUGCCACCCGACCACUUGCUGGAUGGCGGGGUUCCUGCACGUGGGCGGGGGGUGCCCUCCACGCUUCCCGUGACGCGUACAGCUCUGCCACAUGUUAAUGAGCUAUGCGCUGUUCAAAUGCAAAUGUUUGUAGCAAUUCUUGUUAGCUGCAGAGCCGAUUUGGUUUAUUUAAGUUUUCCUGUACACAGAUUAAAAUUCUCUUAAGUGUAGCAAGCA